AUGGAUGACAGCAUUAAGCAGCAUUACCUGGCUGAUUCGCCGCCUACAGUUGUCAGAUUGGAGGUGAGGUCUCACUUUGAGACCCUCAAGGACCAAAAGCUCAGAAAAUAUGCGCACUUCAUGAGCAGGGCUGCAUUUGAGGGCACCCGUGUCACUCUGCGUCAAGUCUCUCCCGAAUCCGAGCCCAUCUAUGACCUCAUUCUCUCCCUCUACCACGCGUCCAAUGGUGACUGGGACAGCCUCGCCCAGAAAACACAAGUCAGCACCGACGAUCUCCGCUUCUUCCUCGAAUAUGCAGGACAAUUCCUGGGCAACUGCGGGAACUACAAAGGAUUCGGUGACUCCAAGUUUAUCCCUCGGAUCCCAGCAUCCGCGCUCGAGGCUCUGGCAUCAUCCACUCCGGAGACUAUGGCGGCUUUCCAGAAGGCAAACAGCACUGGAGGAGGUAUCUAUGAGACCAGUGAACAGUCCAGGAUGCACCUUGGAUACCCUGACGGCGGCCACAUGACCACCUACUACCCCGAUUCACCCACAAUCUCGAAGGGCGAAAUCACGGCAAUCGGUGACUUGAUGGAGAAGAAGGGUCUGGCGUUGGAGAACACCAGAAUUCGCAAGACACCCUCCGGUGACUUUGAGCUCUUGAUUGCCUCCGGCGUGUCAUCUCCUCCUGUUAAGGACCGUGACCUUGGCGAGGUGGAGACUUUUGACCUUGAAGGCGACCUGAAAGGCAAGAACCUGCGUCUCGUCUUUGGUGACCACCUGGAAGAGAUGGCGAAGAUUGCCCACAGUGUCAAGAAGGCCGGUUUGAACGCUGCAAAUGCUAACCAAAAGCGGAUGUUGGACUCCUAUGCUCUGUCCUUCGGUGCUGGAUCUAUUGAGGCUUUCAAGGAGAGCCAGCGUAUCUGGGUGAAGGACCAAAAGCCUGCUCUGGAAACCAACCUUGGAUUCGUUGAGACCUACAGAGACCCUCACGGUGUGCGAGGUGAAUGGGAGGGUUUUGUCGCUUUGGUCAAUUUGGAGCGAACUCGUGCCUUUGGUACGCUUGUAGAUAGUGCUGAGAGCAUGAUACCUAAGCUUCCCUGGGGCAAGGACUUUGAGAAAGACACUUUCCUCAGCCCUGAUUUCACAUCCUUGGAAGUCUUGAGCUUUGCCUGCUCUGGCCUCCCGGCCGGUAUCAACCUCCCCAACUAUGAUGAUAUCCGUCAGAAUCUUGGCUUCAAGAACGUGUCCCUGGGCAAUGUCCUGAGCGCCAAAGCUCCUAACGAGCCUAUUCCUUUCAUUAGUGAGGCCGACCUGGAUGUCUACCGCAGAUGCCGCGAUCCCGCAUUCGAAGUGCAAGUAGGCAUUCACGAACUUUUGGGCCACGGUACUGGCAAGCUCCUCCAGGAGACAGCGCCUGGGGAGUAUAACUUUGAUAUUAAGAAUCCUCCCAUCAACCCAGUUACCAAUAAGCCUGUGUCAACCUGGUACAAGCCUGGACAAACAUGGAGCUCCGUCUUUGGCUCUAUUGCCUCAUCAUAUGAAGAGUGUCGUGCUGAGUGUGUCGCCAUGGCUCUGGGCUGCGACUUUAGCAUCCUGAAGAUCUUCGGAUUCGGCGAUGGCAAGCAGGACUUGUACAGUGAAGCCGGUGACGUUCUGUUCGCAGCAUACUUGUCCAUGGCCCGUGCCGGUCUUGUUGCCCUCGAGUUCUGGGAUCCCAAGACCCAGAAAUGGGGCCAGGCUCACAUGCAGGCCCGUUACAGUAUCCUGCGCACCUUCCUCACAGCCGGUGAUGACUUCGUCAAGCUUUCUUACAGCAAGGAGGAUCUGUCCGACCUAGAGAUACGUCUCGAUCGGUCUAAGAUUCUGACUCAUGGACGUCCCGCUGUCGAGAAAUACCUCCAGAAGCUGCACGUAUACAAGAGCACCGCAGACAUUGCCGCUGGUAAGGGAUUGUAUGAUGAUAUCACGUCUGUUGAUAGCUGGUGGGGAACCAAGGUGCGGGAUGUUGUUCUUAAGAACAAGGUCCCUCGUAAGAUCUUUGUUCAGGCCAACACUAUCCUGGAGGGUGAUCAAGUCACCCUGAAGGAGUAUGAGCCAACUCUUGAGGCGAACUCCCCAGAGGAGCACGACGACUACUACAUCACACCCCCGCCGCACUCUCCAGCAGCGUCUGCCUCAAGCUCCUCAUCUCCCAAUCCACCGCCCUUUUCAUCCCUUUUCUUCGCUACUUCGCCCGACCCCAAUCGCGCGAACAAAGUCACCGAACCUGGUCCCGCCUGUCACCCAGCCGUAGCACCUCCGCCACCAGUCGAGGCGCCGCUCGAACCGGCCCCUUCGUCGGCGGUUGUUGCUGAUACAAAAGCUUCUUUCUCCGAACCCAAAAACGAGGGCCCCGGAAAGUGUUCCGACGACAGCGAACCGCCUCCACCCUACGAAGAAGGUUACAGUCCACUUGAGUCAUUCACCUACGUUAUGGCUGCUGCAGGAGGUGCUUCAAGCAUCAUCACUCAGGUGCAGCAAACGGGAGGUCCACCAAUCAAUACUCUGGGAGAUAUUGGCGGUGAUGAGCAUAUCACGCUUGACCUUCGUGGCACCCGGUUUACUCUUUCGCGGGACGAAUUGCUAACCCUGCCGGAAUUCGUUCUAUUGUCUCUUUUCCCUAACGGUCUACUUCCGGAUGGACAUGCCACCACAAACGGAUUCCAUGACAGUGAUGUCUAUGCCGUCGAUUACGACCCGGCUUCGCUCCAGUAUAUGUUGGACUUCUUCCGCACAGUUGCUCAAACCAUCCCCUCGUCAUUGCCAUCUGGCUCUACUUCGCCGGAGAUGGAGAUGCCUGAAGCCAUACAAGGUUCAGCCCGUGACAUGCUCCAGGAUCGCGCCGGUAUCAUCGUGCUUCGUGAGGAUCUCGAUUUCUAUGUCAUCCCCCCGCGCCCUGAAAUUGGACAUGAAGAAAUGCUCGAAGUCAAGCGAGCAGCUGGCCGAUCGCUGUUGAGACAGGACGGAAUCUUCUCAGGUCUCAGGAAAAGCGAAGAGAUUGGUUCAACCGAGCAGCAUCUGAUUGAGAUGUUGACAGCCGGAGGAUUCGACCGUGAAGACCAAUGGGGCCACCGAGCCCCGGAGCCCAACAAAGCAGUUAUCUGCAGUCUCGCCCUUGCCAAGCUCCGCACCGACAUCCGCGGAGACUUGUCCAACAACAAUGCAGUUGGUAUGGCCCAGAAGCUUCUUCUGUUCUGGAGGAAGCCUGCUCGGCGAUGCUGGUGGGAGGGCAUUGAGCUCGAUGAUGUGGAGGGCGCCGAAGGACAGGUCAAGGUCUGGAUCCGACGUGUAUGGACUUUGGAAAUGAGCGUUAUUGGCCUCCGCUGA